AUGGCUCAUUUUAUUCCUCCUAAAAUUCAAGAAAAUCCAAAUGGAUGGGGCCCUUGUCAUAUACCUGAACAGUUUAAGGACAUGCCUUAUCAACCAUUCUCUAAAGACGUGCGCCUUGGAAAGGUGUCAGAUUGGACUGGUGCUACCUACCAAGAUAAAAGAUAUUUAAGUAAAUAUUACUCAAAUUAUGGUGGAGGACAACAAUAUGCUUACUACCAUGAUGAAGAUGAGAGUUCCUUUCAUCUGGUCGAUACAGCCAAAAUACCUAAACCAUUAUACCAACGUGGUAGACGUAUGUUUCAACAGAGUAAACAACGUAAAGAAAGAGAACGUAAACAAGCUGCUACACAAGCUCAACUACGAUCUAUGUCGAAAACUAUGAAAAAUAGAGAAAGGGAUCCUGCACCUGCCAAAACUCGAGAUUCAUCAGUACAAGUGGAGAAAGAUUGGGAUGUUGUAGAAGAAAUGGACUUCCCACGUCUAACUAAACUUAGCUUACCUAAUGUUGAUCCUCCAGUAGACCUUGUAACCUGUGGGUCUAUGGAGUAUUAUGAAAAGAGUUAUGAUAGAGUUACAACUAAGAGUGAAAAAAGAUUAAAAAGAGUUAAUAGAAUCUUUCAUAAAGUUACGACUACUGAUGAUCCUAUUAUUAGACAGCUCGUAAAAGGCAAAGCUAAUGUGUUUGCAACUGAUGCUAUCCUAGCUACUUUGAUGUGCUGUACUAGAUCAGUAUAUUCCUGGGAUAUAUUGGUACAGAGAGUUGGUAAUAAAUUAUUCUUCGACAAAAGAGAUACAUCUGAGUUUAAUCUAUUAACUGUCAGUGAAACAGCUACUGAACCACCUCAAGAUGAAGCUAACAGUUUUAAUUCACCUCAUAAUCUAGCUUUAGAGGCCACUUUUAUUAAUCAUAAUUUCUCUCAACAAGUGCUAAGACAGGGAGAAGAAACCUAUGAUUUUGACAAACCAAAUCCCUUUAUUCAAAAUGAAGAAGCCUCAACUGUAGCAUCUGUCGGCUAUAGAUAUAGAAAAUGGAAGUUAGGUAAUGAUAUAGAGUUAGUAGCUAGAUGUGAACAUGAUGCUGUUAUGCACGGUCCAAACGGUGAACUACAAUUUAUUAAUAUUAAAGCUCUAAAUGAAUGGGAUAAUCGGUUUUCUGGAGGUGUGGAAUGGAGAUCAAGAUUAGAUAAUCAACGUGGUGCAGUUUUAGCUACAGAAUUAAAGAAUAACAGUUGUAAGAUGGCUAAAUGGACUGUUGGUGCUUUACUAGCUGGUUCAGACCAAAUCAAAUUAGGAUAUGUAUCUAGAGUACAUGUUAAAGAUUCCUCUAAACAUGUUAUACUAGGAACUCAACAGUUUAAACCUAUAGAGUUUGCUAGUCAGAUGAAUUUAAAUAUGGAGAAUGGUUGGGGUAUAUUACGAUGUAUUAUAGAUACAUGUUUGAAAUUAAAAGAAGGAAAAUAUUUGAUUAUGAAAGAUCCCAAUAGACCUGUGGUACGUAUUUAUGAUAUACCAGAUAAUACAUUUGAAUCUGAUGAUGAUGACAGUGGUAGUGAUGGUGAUAGUGAUUCAGAUGAUGAUGAUGACGAUGAUGAAAAUUAA